AUGCAAGUCACCUUCGCCCUGUCAAAUCUGACAGGACGAGCAAAGAUUUGGGCUUUAGGGCUCGGGCUUCACGACCCAAAAGGGUUUGAGUCAUUGGAUAUCUUGAAGUCUCGUCUUAAAGACACGUUUGAGCCGCCGAGAGCCGAGUUCGGAGCACGCUCUGCACUCUUGAGGCUCAAGCAAGGUAAGCGUGAUGUGCACGCUUACGCACAACACCUGCGCUAUCUUGCGAUUAUCGUUACAGAGAACCCUGUUGAUAAUCACACGCUCAUCGACGUGUUCAUCUACGGCCUUGUGGAUGGGCCGGUGAAGACCUACAUGUUCCAAGAGGACUUCCAUACGCUGUAA